UGUUAAAAACUGAAAUCCAUAUAGUUCCCUGUUUUUUUCAUUUAUUUACUUCCCCCUGUUACGUGCUAACAUUAGAUUUCAGAUCCGACGCCUGCUCUGCUCUGCUGUCUUGUCCGACAUCAAAUUCCAUACCGGAGCUCAACUCUCUCGCUCUCCGCCGACGCCUGAGAACAAGAUCUCGUCUCUAGAAAGGUACGUUCUUUGAUCAAAUCCGAUCCCAUCAAUUUUAUCUCUGCUUACAUCCUCGCAUUUUGCGAAAACCAUGAGCUCCAAUUAUGGGAAAGGUUCAUCUGGUUCGCUAAAAUCCUUCGAUUUCGAUCUCGGCCUCGGAUCGGGCCGACCCAAAUCCCUCAACGACCAAAAGAACAAAACCACUUCUUCCUUUUCAUCUUAUUCAUCAGCAACAUCUGCACCAUCGAAGCCCGCAUGGCAACCCAACAAACCGUCGUGGACCCAUCAACCCGCCCCGAAUCAGGCCAGCCAAGCCGCGAUAUCGGGUCCCACUUCCAUGGUGGGAGACAUCUUUGGGAAGAGCUGGUCCUCUUCGGGAGGUAAUAGCUCUGGGAUUGGAAUUGUUAACAAGAACCCUAAUUUGUUUGGAGAUUUGGUUAGCUCUGCUUUGGGACAGGGAAAGAGUAAUAGUAAUUCUAAUGUUCCUUUGAAAAAUGCAAAUCCAACUCCUAAUUCUUCAAGUAAAAACCCAUAUUCAAUGGGGAAUUUGGCUGAUUCAUUGCCAAAAAGUAGUGGAAAUUGGGGAACUUCUAGUGGAUAUAAUAAUAAUAGCAAUGGUAUUGGUGGUAGUAGUAAUAUUAAUGUCAAUAUUAACAAUAGUAAGAAUCAGAAUCUUGGGGGAGCUUCCAUGAAAAGUAUGGCUGGAGGAGCAGCAGGUGGAGGUAAAAGUGGGAUUGGUUCUAAGGAUCCUUUUGGUUCUUUGGUUGAUUUUUUAUCAAAACCAUCAGGGACCCUUAAUUCAGGAAGUAAUAAAGGGAAUAAGGCAAAUGUUGCACAUGAUGCAUUUGGGGAUUUUCAGAAUGCUUCAAAACCGAGCACAACUGCAUUUCCUUCUAGCGGUUUCAGUGCAUUUGGGGAUUUUCAGAAUGCUUCAAAACCAAGCACAAUGGCGUUUCCUUCUAGCAGUUUUGGUUCAACUUCGAAUACGAAUGAUUCUGGUAUGCCUGCAAAGAAUGUUGGAUCUCAAAGUCAACCAUCUGUUCAAAGCUCGGGCGGUGAUCCUCUCGAUAUGUUCUUCUCGUCAUCUUCAGCUUCUGGAGGUUCUGCUCAAGCAUCUGGUGGAGGUGGAGGGCAGCAAUUUUCUGAAGUUGAUUGGGGAUUGGAUUCUGAGUUUGGAGGAGCAGGAGGAGGAAAUGAUGGUGGCUCGACAACAGAGCUUGAAGGGCUUCCUCCUCCCCCGGCUGGGGUCACUGCAAAUUCUGCAAAGAGCAAGGGUAUCGACAACCAGAAGCAAGGGCAGUAUGCUGAUGCCAUUAAGUGGCUGUCAUGGGCAGUGGUUCUUCUUGAAAAGACAAAUGAUAAGUCUGGCACCAUGGAGGUUUUAUCAUGUAGGGCUUCAUGCUAUAAAGAAGUUGGGGAGUAUAAGAAGGCUGUAGCUGACUGUUCAAAGGUGUUAGAGCACGAUGAGAGCAAUGUGUCUGUCCUCGUACAGCGUGCCCUCUUGUAUGAAAGCAUGGAGAAAUACAAGCUUGGGGCCGAAGAUCUGAGAACCGUUCUGAAGAUUGAUCCUGGUAAUAGAAUUGCAAGAAGUACUGUCCAUCGCUUGGCUAAAAUGGCGGACUAGAAGGUCUUUAUGAUUCAUUUGUUUGUAUUAGCUUUCUUCACGUAGGUUGAUACCUUUUUGCCCUCAUACUAUGAACAGAAUUAAGGGGGAAUAAUAACCUUUUUCCCUGGAUACAUGUGUCUUUCAAUUUGUCUCGUUGCGGAGGGUUUUCGUGGUUCAAUAUUAUAUCUUGUCUUGGUUGUGAUUUGGAAUUGGCUUGUCUUUGAUAUUUCUAGAUAGCUUUGGAGCAUGCUUUCGGAACAAAUAUAUAUGGUUCGGUUCAUUGUAUGCUUCGGGUAGAAGUAUACGAACUCUGUUACAACAGUUUAUGGUAUUGUAUUGGAUGGUGUUUUCUUUUCUGGUGAUGAUGUACAAUGUUCAUUUUGUUUAAUGGAUUUUAUGUUAAGACCUAA